UCAGAUGCGGCGACAGCUUGUUGAUUUUUCGUUUACAGUUUUUUUUGGACGCGUGCGACCUUCGUCGUGCAAAUUUCUAGUGAAUUGUUCCGUUUAUUUCAAUACUUUUAUGUGUUCCUAUAAGCUAUCCUCCUUCUAAUUCUUCACCUGAUGGGAGACGUCAUUAAAUCACUUCGCGAGAAGUCGCAGAAACGGAAAAAACUACUUGCUCAAACGUUAGGAGUUUCCAGCGUUGAGGAUUUGAAACAUGUACUGGGAACGGCUGAGGAUGCGCCGAUCAAUAAGUCACAACGGUAUGACGAUGAGGAGGCUAGUUCAUCGAAAAAAUCACAAUCAGAAGGAAUGGUGUAUCGAGAUUCGUCAACAUUUCUGAAAGGAACUCAAUCGUCCAAUCCACAUAACGAUUACUGUCAACACUUUGUAGACACUGGCCAACGACCUCAGAAUUUCAUCCGGGAUGUCGGACUAGCGGACCGGUUCGAGGAGUAUCCUAAACUGCGGGAAUUGAUUCGUUUAAAGGACGAGUUGAUUUCAGAAACCGCAUCACCUCCGAUGUAUUUACGGGCAGAUCUCAAGAGCUUCGAUCUGAAAACGCUAGGUACAAAAUUUGAUGUUAUUCUUAUAGAACCUCCGUUAGAGGAAUACGCGCGUGGGGGAGCCGCUGUAGCAGCGGGUGCGCCACGGAAUUUUUGGUCCUGGGAUGAAAUUCUAGCUUUGGACAUCGGGGAGGUAGCGGCUCAUCGAAGUUUUGUUUUUCUAUGGUGUGGAAGCUCCGAAGGAUUGGAUAUGGGUCGAAACUGCUUGCGAAAAUGGGGCUUUCGUCGAUGUGAAGAUAUUUGCUGGAUUCGAACUAAUAUAGACUCGCCCGGCCAUUCAAAAAUACUUGAACCUAAAGCCGUGUUCCAACGCACCAAAGAACACUGCUUGAUGGGUAUCAAGGGAACAGUACGUCGCUCAACUGAUGGAGACUUUAUCCAUGCAAACGUGGAUAUUGAUUUGAUAAUCUCGGAGGAAGCCGAAUUUGGAAGUUUAGAGAAGCCAAUUGAGAUUUUUCAUAUAAUCGAACAUUUUUGUCUGGGGCGCCGUCGUUUACACAUUUUUGGACGGGAUUCGACCAUUCGUCCUGGCUGGGUCACCAUCGGACCGGAGUUAACAAACUCGAACUUCAACAGUGAACUGUACGCCAAUUCAUUCGAAGAGAAUCCUACCACCGGAUGUACCGAGCGGAUUGAGGCACUGCGACCGAAAAGUCCUCCAGCAAAUGGGAAAGUUUUGCGCGGACGCGGUAGAGGUUUCCCACGUCUCAGAGGAAGAAGUAGGGUAUAGAAGCUUCAUUUUACGUUGGACAAUUUUAUUGCUAUAAAAGGUUUGAUAAUAUAUUCCCUCAAGUAUAGAACGAACACACACACUUAUAUUAUUAUGGGUCACUAAAUAAAUCAGAUUCAUUUGUAUGG